AUAUUAUUAUACUUAUAGGCCACACUAUCAGUCAGCUCAAAAGCUCAAAAGUUAACCAAGAAUGAAGUUCUUCAUGGGUUUUUUUCAGUUUGCUUGCUCAGUAAAGUAGUUUACAUAAAUAAAGAAUAUUGGAUGAAUUAUUUUGAUUGUGAUAUGUCCGCGGACCAAUGAUAUGUCCGCGGACCAAUGAAUAGCCAGGAGGAGUUACUGUUAGGGCGCUGUGGUCCCCCCCGGUACCUCUAUAUUAUCUGAAGCACAGGUAAAGUGCCGUGAUUCUGUUUGCGUUAGCAUUCCGGAUCUCACUCGUUGCUUCAGAUAGCUUAGUCCGUCAGAACGUAACGGGAAUACUUUUUUUCUCUUUGGAGUUUUUCUUCGGAGAGUUGAGCUUCAUACCUUCUUGAUCGCGGUAAGUAACUUGUUACGGUGUAUGGAUUGUUGUUGUUAAUGUGAUGUUUAUGUACUGCAUUUUUACAGUAUGAACGCGCAUUGUGUUCUGCGUCCUGAUUAGAUAAGGGAGUACUGUACAAAAUGGGUUAGGGUUAGGGUUCGGAGAAAAGUGUGUGAUUAUGGGUCUUACGGCUUUAAAACAUGUUUAAUAAUUGUAAAAAAUAAAGCAGAUUUCUGUAGUUGGAUGAGCAUAGUUAGUGGCACCAUAAUGGCUUGUUUACAUGGCGCAUGGCAUGUAUUCAAAUGUAAUGUGACUGUUUAGAUCUUGUAAACAUGACAAUGACAACGUUAAUGAGGUGCGCUCACCUGGCCGAAAGCAUGCAGUGAAUUCCUGCAUCUCACAAAAGGAUGAUAAUCACCCAUAAUUGUUCCUCUUUAAAUGGAGAUUAGCAACGGCCGAAUGUUUGCAUGAAUGCAAAACAUGUCACAAAAGGAUGAUAAUCACCGGUAAUUGUUGGUCAGUGUAGUGCAGUUGCCCCUCACUACUAUACAAAUUGCGUUCGGCUAGCCAGAUUUACAUGAAUGCUCAUUACUAAUACAGUAUUGAACAAUAUUGUUACUUAUUACAACAUUACAUCUGCAAAAGUUUGAACUUUGAGAGUGUUUAAAUAAGACAGAAAUGUGAGAAAAUGUUAAUGGCUGUCUGAGAAAAGUGUGUGGUAUGCUAGUGUUAAUAUUGAGGCUUAAUGUGGUUAUUGGUUAUUGUAUUACAUGUUUUGUAUACUUGUGUGGGGGGAAACAUAAUUCAUUGUUAUUCAUAAUUCAUAGUUCAUUGUUGCACUGGCACAUUUUCGCCACUUUAUGGGACACAAUAAAAGUGUUGUUCUGACAUUCUUCACUUAAGCUAUGUGCUUAAUGCAAUGUUGUUAUCCUGAUGUUUUAGAUGCCGCGUGGGAAGUCGUACCGUCGCUCUCAGGCUGCCAAGAGGAGGAUGGAGAGGCAGGAGAGUUGGACGACCUCUCUGGACGGCAACCGCGUGGACGAUGUACCUUUGGUUGGUGGUACCGGUUGGCGGCACAAGGUGUUGAGGUGGGAGGAGUCGCAGCUGACCAACAAGCAGCACAAGUUGGUGAUUCCAGCUGCGUGCGCUAACAAGAAGUUUGUUCUUGUUGUUGGUGAUUCCCACCUGCGUGCCUUGGUGGAUGGCUUCGUCCUGAUGCCAGAGGGACCGCUGUCCUUUGGCUUCAUGUGCACUCCUGGGGCGACCGCAGCGCACCUGAGGACCGAGCUCAUGGCUGCUGUGGUUCCUCGCCAGCCCGAAGCCGUCAUCGUCCUGGCUCCCAGCAACAACCUGACUGCUGGCAGGGGACUGGACAACUCGUCUGCAGACUUUGCCGCCCUGCUCAAGACUGCACGCAGCCGUUGGUCCAACGUUGUGGUGCUGGACUUUCCGCCUCGUCUGAGUGUGGAAGAGGACCAACAGAAGCUGCUGCGCAUGGCGUACCACAGUGCUUGUGCGGACCAGGGAAUGUGUGUUCCUUACUAUCACAUCUGUGAGAACUUCCCUCUGCACCAGCGUGACUUGUGGGCCAGAGAUGGUACACACCUGAGUGAUAGCGAGGGUAUGCCGAUCCUCGCGUACCUUCUUUGGCAGGCGGCUGACAGGCAGCUUGCAGAACCAGAGCCAGAGCCACCCGGGGCGCCGAUUCCCACUUGCCCGUAUCGUCCCCGGUUUGCCACCCAGGUGGUAGUGAAGGGAAUCGAGCCACAGCCACGCCCAGCAGCCAACCCAGAUGGCUGGAUUACAGUGGUGAACGGGCAGAAGUGCAGUUUGCCUGAAGCUGAGCAAGGUUAUGGAGUUGUCACCUACCUACCCUGCUGCAGUCCGCCUCAAGCUCCCAGUUCUGGAGAGUCCCUUGAUUCCUGCUACCCCGACUCCUCCCCCCUCGCCUUAUCAAUGGAGACCCAGCCUACACGGUUCGACGGUUAUCCGCUCUCGUCGCUGUGGGAGGGGCUCCAGUACCUGGUUGACUGGGAGGGAUAUGGUCCAGAGGAGAGGUCGUGGUUCCCCGCCAGCUACAUCCUGACCCUCAGCUCAUUACUGACUUCCACCGGCAGCAACCCGACCAGCCCCCCAGGAUACGCCCGUCCACGAUAA